UAGUUUUAUUUUGGCUUUCAUCCAUAACGGUUGGUUUGUGUUAUCUUGCAGCUGGCUUCUUUAAACUUAACAAAAAAUCUUAUAAUGUCUGUCGGUCGUGUGUUGGUAUACGGUGGUAAAGGAGCUUUAGGAGCAGCUUGCGUGUCUCAUUUUAAAAGCAAUAAUUAUUGGGUUGGCAGUAUAGAUUUAAGUGAAAAUGACCAAGCUGAUGUGAGUAUUGUAGUGCCCCGUGAUGCUUCUUGGGCAGAUCAAGAGCAAGAGGUUUUGACUAAAGUUGGAGAUGCUUUGCAAGGCAACAAAUUGGAUGCUGUUAUUUGUGUAGCUGGCGGUUGGGCCGGUGGUAAUGCCAAAAAAGACUUGGCUAAAAACUCUGAUUUAAUGUGGCGUCAAAGUGUUUGGACUUCUACUAUUUCGGCUGCUGUGGCUUCUCAUCAUUUGAAAGAAGGUGGCGUAUUAGCUCUAACUGGUGCCAAACCUGCUUUAGAAGGUACUCCUGGCAUGAUGGGCUAUGGCAUGGCUAAAGCUGCUGUUCAUCAGCUUACACGCUCUCUGGCUGGCAAAGAUUCCGGUUUACCAAAUGAUUCUUUAGUAGUUGCCAUUUUACCUGUAACUUUAGAUACUCCAAUGAAUCGCAAAUGGAUGCCUAAAGCCGAUUUUACCACUUGGACUCCUUUAACUGAAGUAGCCGCACUUUUCCACAAAUGGACUAAGGGAGACGACCGUCCCAAAUCGGGUGCCCUUUUACAACUCAUUACCAAAGAUUCCGUCACACAACUAGUGGAAAGUGCUUAAAUUUCAUAGUAAUGCUAAUGCAUUUGUUUAAAGACGAUUUUAGGGAACGAAUUAAAAUAACGUUAUUAAUAAAUAUUCCAGUUGCUUAUUUGUUGUAUUAGUUUUAAAGCAUAUUAAAUGUGUACUCAUUCAUAUUAUUAUAAAAAUUUAUUUCACUUGUGUGUAAGUUAAAUAAAAAUACAUUUAUAAACUCAAUAAAUUUGAAUAAGAUAA